CACGUCUGCUACGUCAGCCCAUGCGUCAGCCACGUCGAGUCAAACAUGGCCUCCGCCGACCGAAAGAUGCGGAGGUAAAUAGACAGCACCGAUCCCUUUCCUUCUUUCCGUAAGAGAAAACAAGCACAUCACUAUUCAUCCAUCAUCAAUUUCAAAAUGGGAACACAAAUGGACGACGUGCAGAUCAUCGAUGUGAACGAGGACGGCGAAGAGGAGGAGGCGCCUGUGAUGCACAGAAGCUCCCUGGGAAACCAGGACCUGGGCUUCAUAAGGCAGACUGCAGAGGAGAUUCUGGCUGAGUAUGGGUGGCACCUGCUCUUCCUGACUGUCUGUAUCAUUGUACUGAUCCAGUACCUGAGUAAGAAGAGAGCAAUCCAGGUCAGCAAGCGCUCCUCUAAUGAAACGGCACAAGACCCAGCUCUGAUCGUGAGAAGGCAAGAGGCCCUUGAAGCCUCCAGGAGAAGACUGCAGGAAGACCUCGAUGCCAAAGCCGCAGAAUACAAGGAGAAGCAGAAAAAGCUGGAGGAAGAGAAAAGGAAGCAGAAAAUUGAAAUAUGGGAAAGCAUGCAAGAGGGAAAGAGCUACAAAGCCAAGAAUUCUUCUCAGGCAGAGGAGGCCAGCUCAUCGUCCGGGGUCCUGAAACCAAAGAGCGACAAUAAGCUCCGAGGCUCAGGCUACAACCCCUUGGCUGGAGACGGCGGAGCGUCUGUCAGCUGGAGACCAGGGAGGAGGGGCCCGACGUCGGGUGGAUGAGGUUAAAGGAGGUCGGAGAGCCAGGAUCCUCUUGGAGCCUCUAACCUCUGACCUUCCUUUGCACACGUCAACACGCUGAAAGAAGCCGCCGUCUUGCUGUGGGCCUUCGCAGUUACCAAUUAGAGAAUGACUUUAUUUUUGUAUUUACCCUUGCUCUCUAAAACAUGAUUGAUUGUAGUUGCUUUCCUAAAACUGCUGGGUUAAACUAUUGGCCAACUGCCAGUAUCCAAACAAAGCACACCUUUUUAUGUGUGCUAAAAUCUUUAGUACACAGGCGAGAACAGUCAAGUCACUUUUUUUUUUAUUGAAAUUAAAAUUCUCUUGUUGGGUAACUGUGUUGGCCCCAUAGGGUUCCAAGCUUUCAAUGAAGUCAUUCCUUUAAAUGGUUACUCUAGCCAAUGGGUUUGACUGAUGAGUUUCAGAGUUGGUGUGUUUUUAUUCCUUUAUGAUUAUUUCCCCCUUCAAUGCGUUUGCAUACUGCUCUUGCUUUAAUUCUUGAUGUUACUGUUACUGCGGCAUUGCUAUUUUAGAAACUGUCAUCACUUUCAAGAGAUAAAACACCACUGGUUUUACAGCGUUAGUGUGUAACAGAGAUCAACUGUCUAGGGGUAAGGAUGCAAUGCUUACCCACCGAAUUUAAAUAAAGACAUAAUUAACCAACUCAA